GUGAGAUGACGGCGUGCGAAGAAUGAAGGCGUUUGAGAGGGGCUGAGGGAAUUGUCCUCUGAGCGAAAGACUGUCUUUAGACCUCAAGCCUCUGCCUGCGCCUGUCGCCAGCAGAGAGAUGGAAAACUUGAUGAAUAGUUCCACUCUGCCACCCCUUUUUGCAGAUGAAGAUGGCUCAAAGGAGAGCAAUGAUCUGGCCACAUCAGGGUUAACUCACUCAGAGGUUCCAUAUAAUAGUGGAGCCACCCCAUCCACCAACAAUCCAGAAUUUGUGGAAGAUCUCACCCAAGGUCAGUUGCUUCAGAAUGAAUCUUCAAAUACAGCAGAAGGCAAUGAACAGAGGCAUGAAGAUGAGCAAAGAAGUAAACGAGGGGGUUGGUCCAAAGGAAGAAAGAGGAAGAAACCUCUUAGAGACAGCAAUGCACCCAAAUCCCCCCUUACAGGAUAUGUCCGGUUUAUGAAUGAGCGUCGAGAACAGCUUCGAGCAAAGAGACCAGAGGUCCCGUUUCCAGAAAUUACAAGGAUGUUGGGCAAUGAAUGGAGUAAACUGCCUCCUGAGGAAAAACAGCGCUAUCUUGAUGAAGCAGACAGAGAUAAGGAACGUUACAUGAAAGAACUGGAACAGUAUCAGAAGACUGAGGCAUACAAGGUCUUCAGUAGGAAAACCCAGGAUCGUCAGAAAGGCAAAUCUCAUAGACAAGAUGCAGCCCGACAGGCCACUCAUGAUCAUGAGAAAGAAGAGGUAAAAGAGCGAUCUGUUUUUGACAUCCCUAUAUUUACAGAGGAAUUCCUGAACCACAGCAAAGCCCGGGAGGCCGAGCUUCGCCAGCUUCGCAAGUCCAACAUGGAGUUUGAGGAGAGGAAUGCAGCCCUGCAAAAGCAUGUGGAGAGCAUGCGCACAGCAGUGGAGAAGCUGGAGGUGGAUGUAAUCCAGGAGCGGAGCCGCAACACAGUCCUCCAGCAGCACCUGGAGACCCUGCGGCAGGUGUUGACCAGCAGCUUUGCCAGCAUGCCCUUGCCUGGAAGUGGAGAAACACCUACAGUGGAUACAAUUGAUUCAUAUAUGAACAGACUGCAUAGUAUUAUUUUAGCAAAUCCCCAGGACAAUGAAAACUUCAUAGCUACAGUUCGAGAAGUUGUGAACAGGCUUGAUCGCUAGGGAGUGGGAUUAUAUCUUCAAGAUGUUUGUGAGUGGUUUGACUUGUGAGGAGCGAGAAGCCAUCAAUGGAAAUUUGAACUGAAUAGGGGAAGGAAGCAAGUACACAUCACUUUCCCUGGAAAGGAAUUAUCAGUGAGUUAAAUGCCUUCACCCCAGGAAGCCAUAUGAGGGAGCAGCAGAAGGAACAUGUGUGUGAACUUCCUGUGGAAUCAUCCUUGUGUGAAGCUUUGAAAGUGUCCAGCCACUCUCUCGUCUGCUGUUUCCUGUCAUUUCCAUUUCUAUUAAAGUGGAUCUGCAUAUAUUCUGCUGACUAGGUGACCCUGAGACUGACACCUUCUGCAGCAGAAAGGAAGACUUCCCAUUGUUGUAAUUCAGAUUGGACAUUUUUAUCAGUGGAGCGCCAGUUUUAUUACCUAGCUGUCACUUCUUUUUUAAUGUCUUUGGGGGUUAUUUUUUGCUUCCCUUCACCCCUACCAAGUUAUACAUCUCCAUUUUUUGACCUCUGAGCUUUGUUGCUCAGCAGGGUUCUGAAAGAGAGUUUCUCUCAUUGGACAGGCCCAGUCAUCUCUCAUCAUUGCCCUGCUAUGACUCCAAAGAAAGUAGCUUCUUGUUGACAGUGCCCUGUGGAGCGAGGCUGUGUUUCCUACCCCACACAGUGCUCAGUGGGUGCCAGCCCUCAUCGAGGCUUUGUAAUUGCUGCCCUGGAGGAGAAUGCUCUUCCUUCCUCCUUGGUACUGCCUGCUG